AUGGCGAGCAUGGUGAUGGUGCAGCCCAUGAAAGCAUCUUCCGCCGCCCUUUUGUCCUCAUUCUCCGACUUCAGUGGCACUAGGCUCACUACCUCGCUCCAGUGUAAGAGGAAAUCAUGGCAGCCGAAAGGAGCAUUGCGCGUUACAGCUUCGAGUUCCAAGAACAUUCUUAUAAUGGGAGGGACCCGAUUCAUUGGCCUAUUUCUAUCCAGACUUCUCGUGAAAGAAGGCCAUAAGGUCACCCUGUUCACCAGAGGAAAAGCCCCCAUUGCCCAGCAAUUGCCCGGUGAAUCAGACUCCGAUUUUUCUGAUUUUGCAUCCAAAAUCUUGCACUUGAAGGGAGACAGGAAGGACUAUGAAUUUGUAAAGAGCAGUCUCUCUGCAGAAGGAUUUGAUGUUGUUUAUGACAUAAAUGGACGUGAAGCGGAUGAAGUCGAACCAAUAUUGGAUGCAUUGCCAAAACUUGAACAGUAUAUAUAUUGCUCUUCAGCAGGAGUUUACCUCAAAUCUGAUUAUCUCCCACAUUUUGAGACUGAUGCAGUUGAUCCCAAGAGCCGACAUAAAGGCAAACUUGAGACUGAGAGUUUGUUGGCCUCACGAGACGUCAACUGGACUUCUAUUAGGCCAGUCUACAUAUAUGGCCCACUUAACUACAACCCCGUUGAGGAGUGGUUCUUCCACCGAUUGAAAGCGGGCCGUCCUGUUCCGAUUCCCAACUCAGGCAUGCAAGUGACUCAGCUGGGUCACGUAAAGGACCUAGCGACUGCUUUUGUUAAUGUUCUUGGUAAUGAGAAAGCGAGCAAGGAAGUAUUCAACAUCUCUGGAGAGAAAUAUGUCACCUUUGAUGGUUUAGCUAAGGCUUGUGCUAAGGCCGGUGGCUUCCCAGAGCCCGAAAUUAUUCAUUACAAUCCCAAGAAGUUUGAUUUUGGUAAAAAGAAACCAUUUCCUUUCCGGGACCAGCAUUUCUUUGCAUCGGUUGAUAAGGCAAAGAGCGUGCUCGGUUGGAAACCAGAGUUCGAUCUUGUGGAAGGCCUUGCAGAUUCUUACAACCUAGACUUUGGCAGGGGAACAUUCCGCAAAGAAGCCGAUUUCUCGACGGAUGACAUUAUUCUUGGAAAGAGCCUCGUUCCACAGAGCUAG